UGGGAAUUACGACUUUGGUGCUCUAUCAAAAUUACUUCCUGAUGUCUACAGCCUGUAUCACGUAAGCUUUACGUGUCUGAAAUCACAUAGGAGAGAUGAUUUACCACAAUGACCCUUAUUAUCCGUUUACGCUGAUAUAAAUGGAAUUUGUGAGCCUAUAAAAGACGAAGUCUUCAGGACAUGCGAGGAGAAACAGAAACAUCAUUUGAAUAUUGUGUACAAUUAGAAGGAAUUUGGUUUUUAAUAGACACGAGUAAGGGUACACCAUGAAAAGGUUUUUAUUAAGUAUUUUACUCAUUUACCUCGUCCACUGCAGUGAUGGUGCUGUCACAGAGAAGUACACCACCAGAUACGAUGGAAUCAAUCUGGAUGAAAUAUUGGAAAGCGAUCGCUUGUUGACCGGUUAUGUCAACUGCUUGUUGGAUCUCGGGCCUUGUACGCCUGACGGAAAAGAGUUGAAAAGAAAUCUGCCGGACGCCAUAGACAACGAUUGCGCUAAAUGCACUGAGAGACAGCGCGAGGGCGCGGACCAAGUUAUGUUUUAUAUCAUCGACCACCGCCCCGACGACUGGGAUAAACUCGAGAUAAAGUACAAAUCAGAUGGUAGCUACAAGAAAAAAUAUUUGGAAAGUAAGAAAAAGUCGGAGAACAAAGAUGAAGAGAAAUCCGAUGACGAACCUGAAAAAGCGAACCAGAAUGAUGACGAUGACGAUGAUAGUGCUGAUUCUAAUGACAAAUAAAAACAAUGUUAUAUCAUCGACUUUUAUAUAGUACACAUAUGGGAAGUGUAGUAAAUAAUCUCACAUCCAAAUUCGAAUACCUAAUCAUACCAAAAAAAUGGUAGUACCAAAAAACAAAAUAUAAGUAGAGUUCUACUAAUAUUAACUUAAACAAACUUUAUUUUCUUUCAGCAAGUAUAGCAUAAAAUACAGAUUAAGAACACAAACAUACAUACAUAUAAAUAUGUUUAAUUUAAUCUGUGAACACAGAGAAUUCAUAUUUAGAUGCUGUAACGUAAUAAUGUUGCUAACUCUAUUAUAAAAUUCCAAGAAAUAAUUCUAGCUCUACUUUUUACUAUCCAUGUUACUCGUAUGUGUACUGUAUAUAGAUGUUCGUAUGAUGAAAAAUAUAGGUAAGUACAACCAAUAUUUAACCGGACACUGAAUAAUAAUUUUAUACGAAAGCCGCUAAUAAAUAAAGGGUUUAGAAUACUUACAAUUA